UAUUUUUUUCACUCUCUCACUCUCUUCUCAAAGUGCUGCCCUGUCAAUCUCUGACCGCAGGCUAAGAGGCGGAGGACAACAAUAUGUUUCACCCCUUUUUAUUUUUUUCUAAUGGGGGGUGAGCUGGACUAAACAGGCAGAUGAAAAGCAGGUGGCAAAGCGACCCAGGGGACCCCAGCUCCUUCCAGCCCCAGAUCCUGACUUUGAGAUGCUCCAUGCAGGAAUUCUGGAGGGAGUCGGUGGAUAAACUGGAUCAACCUGAGAACAGGACACACUGACGGGAAAAUAUCAUUGUCCCUGGAGACUCCUGAUCCUAAGGCAUGCUGGGCAUUGAGGUCACUAAUUGGAUUUAAAACUUGACAAUUACUUGGAAUUGAUGAAUGAUGGAGAAAGGGAGAUUGCAGCUUUCAGAGCUGUGAUGGGGACUGAAGUCUAAAUGUGUUUGGACCAGUAUUAAAUCACCAGCAAUUUGUCCUUCACAAAAGCACAAAUCUUUUGAAGGAUUCAGUUCCCAGCUGAUUUGAGUACAUUGACAGUGUGUUCUGGACAAUGAGAAAACCGGGAUCUCAAAAAGUUAUAGAUUGGAAAGAUGGAAAACGACAAAAAUAUGCUCGCAGUGGUCGCCCAUCGAAUACUCCAUCUCCAUAUCAAGGUCAUUUCAGUUGGGACAAAUACCUUAAGGAGACAGGUGGUGUUGCUGCCCCUCCCCAUUGCUUUAAGCAGUCAUUUACUCCUCCUGUAAAUGAGUUCAAGAUCGGAAUGAAGCUGGAAGCACAGGAUCCUCGGAAUGUCACCUCGACCUGCAUCGCUACGGUUGUUGGAAUCACAGGCGUUCGCCUACGACUGCGUCUUGAUGGCAGUGACAACAAAAACGAUUUCUGGCGGCUGGUGGAUUCGGCUGAAAUUCAACCAAUUGGAAACUGUGAAAAGAACGCGGGAAUGCUUCAACCACCUCUAGGAUUUCGACUGAAUGCCUCUUCAUGGCCCAUGUUCUUGCUGAAAACUCUGAGUGGAGCAGAAAUGGCACCUGUCAGAAUAUUUCACAAGGAACCACCAUCACCUUCCCAGAACUUUUACAAAGUGGGAAUGAAACUGGAGGCAGUCGACCGGAAAAAUCCGCAUUUUAUUUGCCCAGCAACGAUUGGAGAAGUGAGAGGGACUGAAGUGUUGGUGACGUUUGACGGAUGGCGAGGGGCCUUUGAUUACUGGUGUCGAUAUGACUCUCGGGACAUGUUCCCUGUGGGAUGGUGUUCUCUGACCGGAGACAACCUGCAGCCACCAGGCACAAAGGUGGUCAUCUCAAAGAACCUGUCCACGCCGUCGGAGGUGAAUUCAGAGAAACAGAUCAUGCAGACCUCAGUAGAAAACAUUUCGGAGCAACUCACCGUCCAGCGGGGCCGCAAGCCGGGCAGGAAGAGGAGCCGCGUGGGCCAGGCAACUUGUGUGCACAAACCAGAAAUGCAGCACCCUGUCCCCUCGCUCACCAAGCCGGUGGAACCCUUAAAAAUCCCAAAGAAGAGAGGCCCAAAGCCUGGGACCAAGCGGAAACCCCGUGCCCUACAGAAUCCUGUGCCAACUUCCCCUACCUCGAGUACACCAGAACCAGACACGAGUACAGUUCCUCAAGAUGCAGCCACUAUCCCCAGUGCAGCCAUUAUGCAGUCUCCAACAGUCUGUGUUUACUUGAACAAAAAUGGCAAUGCAGGACCACACCUGGACCGAAAAAAGGUACAGCAACUUCCAGAUCACUUUGGACCUGCUCGAGCUUCAGUCGUCCUGCAACAGGCUGUUCAAGCCUGCAUCGAUUGUGCAUACAACCAGAAAAUGGUGUUCUCCUUCCUGAAGCAAGGUCAUGGUGGAGAGGUGAUAUCUGCCACAUUUGACUGUGAACAGCACACGUUAAACCUGCCAGCUGUAAACAGUGUUGUCUACGCCCUGCGCUUUCUGGAGAAACUGUGUCACAGCCUGCGAUGUGACAACCUCUUUGGGAAUCAGCCUUUCAGUCAGAUCAGUGCAGCUAAUCACAGCACAACCGAGUAUGGAAGUGACCGGUUCAUGCCAGGAAAGACCGAAUCAGCAGGAGCAGCUGUUCAGGGCCCAGGCAGAGGGACAAAAAGAUACACACAGGAUUCCCCACCCUUCAGCGCACCUCUAUCACCCAAACUACCAAAAACCGAUCGGCAUCCUUCAGAAGCUGAAACGUUUGUACUGGAAGAUGUGCACCCAGGUCCCCUGGAACACCGGCUAGAUCCCAUGGAUUCUGCCCUUAAUUCUGUAAAUUCGUCAAGCCUUCCUUGUCGGAAUUCCAGGGAUUUCCGAGCCUUUCGAUCUCUGCAUCACUCAAUGAGCCUAACGCAAAGCAGUGCAGGAACCUUGCGACAGCUUAGUUCUGGAGGUUCUGACAGGUUUAUGGGAGCACGGGAUCCGCCUCGUUUGAUCAGCAGAGAUCCAACCAGCUGGACUGUAGAGGACGUGAUGCAGUUUGUUCGUGAUGCAGACCCACAGUCUCUGGGCCCUCAUGCAGACCUCUUUCGAAAGCACGAAAUUGAUGGAAAGGCGUUGCUUUUGUUACGGAGUGAUAUGGUGAUGAAAUAUAUGGGACUGAAGCUGGGGCCAGCCUUGAAGAUUUGCUACCACAUUGACAGACUGAAACAGGGCAAGUUCUGAUUUUGAACUCAUCGUAUCGGAACGUGCUUGGAAACUACCAAUCUCCAGAAGGAGCCACUCCCCGCCCCCUACUGAAAGGAGCACAUUAAUGGGGAUUUACUCACUUCUGGCUUAGCAUUCAAAUGCUCUGUGUCUUUCAGCAAAACAGUGAUACCAGCGGAACAGGAUUUUUCAGUGCUUGAUGACAGGAAAAACUUUGGACUUACAGAUUUUCUAUGUAAAGGCUGCAGCUUACAAUGAAAUGUAGCCGCUCUGAAUUUUCAGUAUUGGAUAGGGGAGGUCUCUAUCCAGGUGACAUGGAACAUUUUAGGAAAAUGCUCUCAAUAUUGCUGUUGUGUAGCAGUUGUAUUUCAUUUUACAAGAUCCUUUCAGUUAUGCAUUACUUAUUCCUCCUUACAGUGCAACCGGCUGUGUGUUGUACAAGCAUUUCACUGUGAUUGGCAUCUGCUAAUGACCAAGAAUCACUUUAUGCUAUUUGGUCGCGUCUCUCAUGCAUUUUAAGUGCUGGAAGGAGUUAGUGAGACUCAAAAGCAGUGAUGAAGCGAUGCCUUUUAUUUUUCUUCAGUUUGCUCCAAACAGAGAAGAAAAUUUUAAAAGUAAGUUAAAGGAAUUUUUUAUAUUCUAUAAAUCAAGCUUCUAAACUAAGACUCUGAGGAGAAAAAUAGGGAAGGUGUUGUUAUUCCUUUAAUGACAAAAAGAGUCAGUAUUCUUUUUGUAGCAAGAAUCUAAUUACUGUACUGCAACACUAUGUACAGUCCCUUUUUCUUUUGCUAAUACACGCUGUAUUUUAUUGUUUCUUCAUUUUUGUGACCAACUCUGAAGUUUUGUACAAAAUAUUAUUUAGCAGAAUUGAACAUGUGGCAUUUGUGGUUUCUACAUUUUUGCAUAUUGCAAAUGUCCAAUUAAUACUGCAAACUAAGUCGAUCCAAGCAAAUCCAUUAAUUUAAAUGGCCUCUUUUUUUUUGAAAGGAAAAUGUAUGCUUUGCCAAUACUUCACAGUCAUCCACUCUCCUCCCACCCUACCCCAAAACCCUCCUGAAGACAGUUGCUAGGAAACAGUUUCAAUGGGUGCUGGUCACUCUCUGCCAAUUGUGAAGUUGGCAGAUAGUUAAACUUUUGGGGAUGUUACACUGAAGCUCAACCAUGCCUUCGCCCACAUGCCCUCUCCAGGAGGAGAUGCCAGUUAAUAAUCGAGAAUUGGUACUCUGACUUUUCUUCAACCUCCAAGCCCAAAGCACCAAAAGCUCAUUGUAAAAUAGAGAUGACCAUCUGAGCUGAGAUUGGUUUAGCCUGUGCAGACUGGAUUAUUGGGCAAAACAGGCUUUACUGUUGAUUUAAUUACGUGACUGUUCUGAUAUUGUGCAGUUUGUACCCCGAGGGAAAGAUCAGGAAUGCUUGGAAAUGAUCAUAUUGUUAGGACUGAAGUAAAAGGAAAACGCUGCCAAUGCUGGAAAUCUGAAAUUAAAUCAGAAAUUGCUGGAGAAACUCAGCAGGUCUGGCAGCAUCUGUGGAGAGAAAGCAGAGUUAAUGUUUCGAGUUCAAGUUUUGAAUUCAAAAUUGCAGACGAGCCUAAAGACUCAUGGUAUUUGAAAUGUUGGUUCUACUUCUCGCUCUACAGAUGCUGCCAGACCUGCUGAGUUUCUCUGCUAUUUUCUGCUUUUAUUACUAAUCAUACUAGUUCCUCCAUUUUAAGUCAUACAAGAUGAGUUGGACCAGUAUAUCUCAUUUACCAAUUUUAUAGGUUUUUCUCUCUGGGACAGGAACAGGCCAUUCAGCCCACCUGGGUCAGUGUCUUACAGUUCACUAGAGUCUAACAAGUCUCUACCCAUCCUGCCUUAUUGUAACUCAUCAUUCUAUCCUCUGUUGCUUUCUCCCUCAUGUGUUUAUCCAGCUUCCCCCUAAACACAUCUAUGCUAUUUGCCUCAAUUUCUCCAUGGCCUGGAUUUAAUGCUCCCUUCUAGCUGUUGGGUUUGAAGGCAGAGUAGGGACUUAGGGGCAAGUUAAGAGGUUACAGGCACUGGAUACUGCAAAGGCUAUGGGCUCUGACAACAUUCUGGCAAUGGUAUUGAAGACUUGUGCUUCAAAACUUGCCGCACCUCCACCCAACUGUUCCUGCACAGCUACACCAUCUACUGACAAUGUGGAAAAUUUCCCAGGGGUAUUUUGUAAAAGCAGGACAAAUUCAACCUGGCCAAUUACCAUCAAUCUUCCUUUGAUCAUUAAUAAAGUUAUGUCAUCAAUAGUGCUAUCAAGCAGCACUUACUUACCUGCUGACCAAUGCCAAGGUCACUCAGCUCCUGACCUCAUUAUAGCCUUUGUUCAAACUAGAACGAAAGAGCUGAAUACCAGAGGGGAGGUGAGAUAGCAGCCCUGACACCAAGGCCUCAGUUGAUUAGAUUAGAUUCCCUUCGGCCCAACCAGUCCGCACUGACCUUCCGAAGACUAACCCACCCAGACCCCAGGAGCCCUAGAAAAACUGGAAUCACUGGACAUCAAGGAGCAAACUCUCCGCAAGCUGGAGUCAUGUCUGACACAUAGCUUCCUAUUGUUUGUGGUUGUUGGAGGUCAGUCAUCUCAGUUUCAGCACAACUCUGCAAGAUUCCUCAAGGAAGUGUCCUCAGCCCAACAAUCUUCAGCUGCUUCAUCAAUGACGCUCCGUCCAUCAUAAUAUCAGAACUUGAGAUGUUUGCUGAUGAUUGCGCUAUGUUCAGCACCAUUAGUGAUUCCUAACAAUAUCCAGGCUUGGCUUAUAAGUGGCAAGUUACUUCCAUGCCGCAUGCAUGCCAAGUGAUUGAGAAGAGAGAAUCUAACCAUCAUUAUUUGACAUUCAAUGGUGAAUGUCAGUGAAUCCUAACAAUAUCAACAUCUUGGAGGUGACCAUUGGCCAGAAACUGCACUGGACUAGCCAUAUAAAUACAGUGGCUUCAAGGGCAGGUCAGAGGCUGGGAAUCCUGCAGGAAGUACCUCACCUCCUAACUCCCCAAGAGCACUCUACUACAUAUAAGGCAGGAAUGUAAUCGAAUACUUCCCGUUUGCCUGGUUAAAAGCAGUUCCUCUCAACACUCAAGAAGUUUGACACCAUCCAGGACAAAGCAGCCCCUUUGAUUGGCACCAUAUCCAUAAAUAUCCACUCCAUCCACCACUGACGCUUACAACAAUUCAUUUAUGUCAUCUACAAGAUGGACUGCAGAAAUUCAUCAAGGCCUCUGACACAGUGCUUUCCAAACCCAUGAGCACUUCCAGCUAGAAGGACAAGGGCAGCAGAUAUACGGGAACACCACCCCUUGCAAGUUCCCCUACAAGAUACUCACCAUCCUGACUUGGAAAUAUAAGUCGCUCCUUCACUGUCGCUGGGUCAGUACCCUGGCUUUUUACCACACACAUGCAGUGGUUCAAGGAGGUAGCUCACCACCAUCUUCUGAACAGCAACUAGGAAUAGGCAAUAAAUGCUGGCCCAGACAGUGACACCCAACAUCCUAUGGAUGAACUAUAAAAAUAAAAACUAUUUUACCACUAGUGGGGGAUGAGGCAUGUCACCCACCCACAGGGCAAUUAAGGUCCUUAUGUGGUCAGCUAAAACCCACUUAUUAGAUUAGGUUAGAUUACUUACAGUGUGGAAACAGGCCCUUCGGCCCAACAAGUCCACACUGACCCGCCGAAGCGCAACCGACCCAUACCCCUACAUUUACCCCUUACCUAACACUACGGGCAAUUUAGCUUGGCCAAUUCACCUGACCCGCACAUCUUUGGACUGGGGGAGGAAACCGGAGCACCCGGAGGAAACCCACGCAGACACAGGGAGAAUGUGCAAACUCCACACAGUCAGUCGCCUGAGUCGGGAAUUGAACCCACGUCUCAGGCACUGUGAGGCAGCAGUGCUAGCCACUGUGUCACCGUGCUGCCCAAAUGGGGCCCAUCCUGUCACUGACCAAUAGUAAAAGAGGCUUCUGCCAAGCAACCCUGCACUAUUGACUGGGAUUAACUGACCACAGUUCUUUAAGGACGGGAAGAUUCUGAAAGUUCUGGCAUUCUGCUUGGCCGUGCAGUUUGCCAAACCCUGUCUGGCAGACUGGGUCUCUCCUUAAAAUGCCCACAAACUCCACCCCUUUGGAGGAUCUCCCCUACUCAGGAGUCCCUGGCUAGGUUCCUCUUCAUCACAACCUCUACCCACAAUGGUUUCUCCAAUAUGGGCCCCACCAUUCCCACUUUCUACCUCUCGUGGAGGUCAAUCAACUGGACCCCCAACAAGACCCCUCUAUUGGAGGCAGGUCCUCCUGUGGCUAACAUCACCUUUCACCUUAAGGAACAGCUAACCUGCCACUUCCUUCCUCAAAACUAACUCUUAGGAAAGUCUUGAGUGGAUUGGGGGAGGUUGUGGGAUCGUGUUGAACCAGUUCCUUUUGACUACGUGUCCCAGCGAUUAAUUCCCAGAGGAGAACAAAGAGCGUGUUUUUAAAUCAUCAAUUUAAUAACCUGAACACCAUUCAGAAUGGGAAACGGUUGUUUAUGUUCUAGUUUGUUGUUUAAAUGUGUUCAUCGAGAAAUAGAACAAGGGCUCAUGAUGUGUUAAGCAGGUUGAGCUGCUGAACUGUUUAGCUGCUAUCCCACCCACCCUUACAAAACAAAGUCCCUCUAGAAACAUCCACUCCCUCCACCACCAACUCUCAGUAGCAGUAAUAUACAUCAUCUACAAGGUGGAGAGAGCUGCAAUUAACAAAAUAAGUUCUCUUGCAGCAGUAGGUCAAAAGUUUGGAAUAAUAUAUUAAAGCUGAAAAUGUGUUGCUGGUUAAAGCACA